UAAUUAUUCAGCAGAUAAGAUAAGUAAAAAUAUAACAAAUGUUGGUAUUUACUGUUUAUUAAAAAAAUGCAAAUAUGAAUAGAGUCGCAGUUAUGUAGAUAACAAUAGUUAUUUGUUUUUAAAAUGUGUAAAAGAAUGGCUGAGUUAAUGACUUUUUAUUAAACCGGUUGAGCAUAUUAUACUGUAGAGUACGAGAUUAUUUGUGCAUAAGAAAAAAGAGGGAAAGAAUAAAAAGAAUGUUAUGUGGAGACGAAGAAAAUGCUGAGGAAAAAAACUAAUGCAAAAAUAGAAUAUAUGAUAUUCUAGUUAAAGUAACGUGCAGUGUAGACUUUCAACUGCGGCUGGAAGCAGCAUUCAAAUCUUUCUCGGAGUGGAAAUAGCAAUCACAUUUUUCAAGCUGAGCGUUAAUUAACGUUGAAAUAAAAAAUUAGCGAUUGAAGACUGAGGAUUGACGAUUUACCAAUUGAAAAAAUAAAUAUCCAAGUGGAUGAACAGGCGACGAAGAGUAAGCUACAGCGUGAUGGAGAGUAAAAUAAAUAAACAAAUGUGUUUAUCAUCGUACAUUAAAGUACCAUUACCAUCAGGAGAAUUAGAAGAGCUUAUCGAAAAAGCACAGGAUUGGGCAAUUAUGCACGGAUUAUCUAUACGAGAAAAUACAAACUUGAGGAAGGAUUCGAUGCAGUUUGCACCAUUCGCUCUCCUGCCCUCCGCUUUUCCGAGAUUACAAUUUCAAGAUGCAUGCCAAAUCCAAACUGUUUUGAAUGGAUUAAUCCACAAAGUAGCACACGAUUAUGAAUUUUUAAGGGAAACUCUCGCACCGACCAUUUCCGUCGAUCCCUUUACCCGGAAACUUUUUGACAUUUAUCAGACUGUGUACAAAGAGGGCUUUACACAGAAGUUAUCAUUGGGAUUAUUCAGAUCUGAUUUUAUGUUGAACACAGUCUGCGGUAAUUAUAAUUACGAUGAGAGCCAAGAAAAAGAAUUGGAUCGAAAAAGCGAGGAAAAAGAAGAAGAAAUGAAAGCUGCAGUUGAGGGAGAGACGGGGGAGUGUUACGACCCGGAACUCAGAAAGACGAAAUCAUUCUGCUGUUGGAAACAAGUUGAAAUUAAUACAAUAGCUUCGGGUAUGGGGUGGCUUGGUACUGUUGCCACUAAAUUCCAUAAAUUCGUAUUGCAUGAACUGGGUAUGAAAAAUUUAAUCGAAUAUUUGCCGGAAAAUAAUGCAAUUGAGGGACUGUGCUGCGGAAUGCUAGAGGCGUGGAGAAUGUAUAAUGAUCCAAGAGCUGUUAUUUUAUUUGUCGUUGAGGAGUUCUCGACAAAUAUAAGCGACCAACGGGGACACGAAUUCGAAAUAAAACGUCUGAAUCCCGAUGUUAAAGUCGUGAGGCGAACAUUGAAGCAGCUGACGAUUCAGGCAAAGCUUGGUUCCAAAAAAGAAUUGAUUUUAAAUGAUAGCACAGUAGUCGCUGUUGUUUAUUAUCGGUAUGGAUAUUCACCGGAGCAUUACACUGAACAAGAAUGGAAGGUACGGUUACUGAUAGAGCGAUCCCUGGCCAUUAAAUCCCCAUCGAUUCAAUAUCACCUGGCUGGUACUAAAAAAGUACAACAGGCAUUGGCUAAAUCCGGUGUUGUUGAAAAAUUUUUCCAAGAUGAGAAAAACGUUGAGCGCGUUAGGAACAUUUUUACAGGUCUUUAUUCAUUAGAUUUUGAUGAAGAUGGAAACAGAGCUUUUGAAAUGGCAGUACGUAAUCCGGAAAGAUUUGUCCUUAAACCGCAACGUGAAGGCGGUGGUAAUAAUAUUUAUGGAAGUGAUAUUAAAAAAUUUUUAAUUACUAUUAAAAAUUCUCAAGAGCGUAAUGCAUGGAUUUUAAUGGACAGAAUUUAUCCACCGUCACAAUUAAAUUACGCAAUUACUGUAAAAGAUAGUAGUAGUAAUAACAUAUUAAAAGAAUUAACACCAGAGGUUGGAAUUUUUGGUGUUAUUAUCGGCGAUGAUAAAAAUAAUAUAUUUGUUAAUAAACAAGUUGGGCAUUUAUUUAGAACGAAAAAAGCAGACUCUAAUGAAGGCGGAUUAAUGGCUGGCGCUGCCGUUUGCGACACCAAUGUAAUUCAUGCAGUACCAAAAUACCAAGUGGAAAAUGAGCCGCGUGAAAUGUUUUUCUUUCGAGAAGGUACUAUUGUCAUGUGGAACACGACAGAUCUUGAGUGCAACAAUAUAUUGGAAAUGUUAAAAAAUUAUGAAGAAAACAGCUACUCGACAGAAUUACUCCAAGCAGAAAGUGAGAUAAUGUAUUAUACCCAUGCCGAACCCGGAAAGCGUAGCCACCUUAAAGACGGUGAUAUUUACUUAGCUUCUGAGAGCACUAAUUUAGACAAAUAUACAUUUUCGAAUGCGAUAUCCCAAUCAGUUAAACUUGGAAUUUGGGAGUCGUCUUUGGACCACUAUAUCGAAUCGAUUGAAUUCGUAACGGAAGAUUUGAAAACUGGAAGAAAAAUAAAAAUGACACGGGAACAAGUUCUUAGGAAACAAGGAGAACUUUUCGCCCUGAGGCACCACAUCAAUUUGAGUUCCGACUUGCUCGAUACUCCGGACUUUUAUUGGGAAAGAGAUGAGUUAGAAAAUCUUUAUCAACAAACAUGUGGCUACUUCGCUAUUUCUAAAAGAACUAGGGUGAUGAAUGAAAAAAUAAAUCACUGCGUGGAAUUGGUUGAAUUAUUAUCCUCACACUUGAGUGAUCGUCACCAUGUAAGACUCGAGUGGAUGAUAAUUGUUCUAAUUAUGGUAGAAGUAGCCUUUGAAUUAUUCCAUUAUUUGGAUCGAUACCUUGAGAAAGAAGAGCUUGAACAAUCGCCCGCUCAACGUUCGACUGCUGAAUAAUACUAUUAACUUGUUUUUAUUGUAUAAUAAAAUUAUCUGGUUACAAUGAUUCGUUAAUUAGAUUCUUGUUCGUUGUUCUUCGUACUUUGAUGUGAAUUUACUUAUGAUGAGUAAAAAUUAUAAAACUACAAAAGUAUAUUACGUGUUUCGAAAGAUAUUCAAUAAAUCCAAUUAUCAUCCUGUCUUCAACCACCGUUUGUUCGGUUUUUUCGUAAUUCAAAACUUUAAUUUCUGGUAAAACUUUUUAAAGUUCAUAAAUAAGUUCAUGUCAGUUGUGGUUUAAGCGAGAUAAAAAUAUUUUUUUUUUUAUCAAUCUAAUUACUGUACUAUCUUUUUUUCUAUGGAAAACUUUUAUAUUUUAAUUUACUUAUCUUCUUUUUAUUACAGUAUUUUUUUUUUAUGCCAAGUACAAAAGAUUAUUUAAGAUUACAGAAAAUAUGUCACCAAAGCGUGUAAAAAGAUAAUUGUAUUGCCACAUUUUCUAACAAUUGCAAUUGUUAUUGUACAUAAA